UUAUAACCUGCACCAUCUGGUGCUGUGACACUGGGGUGUUCUGAUUAGCCAGCAGCAGUAAGUACCUCAUCUUAGGGUCCCACUACCCCUCCUCCAGUUUCUUUGUCCCUCUCUUAACCAACUUUACCUGAUCUUACUUAGUAUAAACUUUUGUCUUGCCUCGUCAUCCUAUCCAGGCCAUCCGCAGAUGAGUACAGAGCACUUUAAAAAGCCCACCCAUCCAGCGAACCAAACCCACCCCCUUUUCUUCCUCCAACUUCAUCUUGCCCAAUUUCCUUCCGUUGCAAACCUCCAUCAAUCAAAAAAACAAUGACCGCCUCUUCCCACAUUGAAAAUUACGACCAAUCCACCUACUGGAUUGCUCACGCCCACAAUUUCCGUUCCUCGGCGCGCCUGCACCUCCAGCACUUCCUGUACCAAAACACCCUCGACUACCUCCUGGAGCCAGCGAUCACCAAAGCCGUGACGACCGCGCAGCAGCCGCUGAAGAUCGCCGAUCUGGCCUGUGGCAAUGGCGUCUGGCUCACCGAGCUCCACACGCAAUUGACCCAGAAGAACCCCGAUCUCUCUGUCCAGCUGGAUGGCUUCGACAUCAACCCCGUCAACUUCCCCGCCGCGGCCUACCUGCCCGCCGGCGUGUCGCUGCAGCCGCUCGACAUCCUGGCCCAGCCUCUUCCGGCCGCGCUGCGGGGUGCCUAUGAUGUGGUGCACAUCCGCGCCUUCGCGAGUCUGAUCGGCCCGGACUCCGACCUCACCCCAAUCCUCGCGGUAGCCGCGGCCCUGCUCAAGCCCGGCGGCUACCUCCAGUGGGAGGAGAACCGCGGGGAUCUGUUUCUGGUCGAGGCCCCCACCCCCGAGGUCUCCACGGCCGCCUGCAGCCAGGCCUCCCAGAUCCUGCAGGGCGGGCUGCGCGCCAAGGGCAUCAGCAACGCCUGGGUGGACGCCCUGGACACGCAGCUCACGCGGUUCGGCUUCCAGGAGGCCCGGCUGCGGCCCCACAGCAAGCGGCCCCAGGACUACAAGGGCUGGACGGAGAACUAUCUGAUCGUGUGGGAGGAACUCGCCGCGCUGUUUCCCCCCAAGGCCGAGGCGCCCAGUGCGCCCGUCUCCCGCGAGGCCUGGGUCGCCCUGUUCACCGCCGCCGUCAAGGAGACGGAGCAGGGCGUUGUCGUGCAUCAGGGCCGCGUUGUCACCGCGGUCGGACGGAAGCCGCUGGCCUGAAUUUGUGGUCUACUUUGGUAUCGAGACCGGAUCCGGUUAGAUAUGAUGUCAAUCAAUGUAUAAGUUGAUAUAGCUAGCUCGGGGAGCGAACCUUAGAAUAGAACUGGCUACUCGGAUGCUCUUCUAGCACAGCCUUGCUCGCUCGGGCAAACCUCAUUACAGGUCUUGAGGACCGAGUUAGGUGUAACAGCCCCCCCCCCCUAACCUCUUAAUCACUGCUUCCAGACCAAUACAUCUAUUCACCACCGGGCUUGCUCCUCCUCUAGGCGAGUCAGUCUACUCAGAAUUAGUGGCAUAA